AUGGGUCAAGGUCCUUCGCUACCGGGUCCGCCUGGGACCAAGUUUCGCGUCAUUGGUGCUGGAAUGUCACGUACCGGCACGAAGACUUUUAACGAAGCUCUCACCAUUCUUCUCGAUGGCCCCGUCCACGACUCCGGGAUCCAGUCCCUCGGGGGCCCAAUUAUUCAAAUAAAAGCUUGGCUCGAUAUCAUGGAGCUCGCUCCAAAGGUGCAGACGUUCUCUGAACAGAAGAAGCUUGAUUGGCUCAUCUCGGAGGUGCUUGACGGCUAUGUUGCAACCAUGGACUGCCCCGCUGCGACUCUCACCCCUGAAAUCAUGCGCGUCUAUCCCGACGCCAUAGUGAUAGCAACGACCAGAGAGGAAAAAUCCUGGUGGAAGAGUAUGAACUAUCUGAAUAGUCUAAUGGGGACGUGGUAUCUCCCUAUCGUGGUCUUAUGGUUGCAUAAGACUCAAGUUUACGGAGUUUGGCGCGAACGCUUCCAUCAAAUUAUGAAAUGGCGCUACCACCAGGAUAAGAUUGAAGAGGACACGCUUCGCAGGCACGAGGAACAUCUAAGGCAGGUCGUACCUCCAGAGAAGCUAUUCUUUUACGAGGUCAGCCAAGGGUGGGAGCCACUAUGCAAAAUCCUGAACGUCCCUAUACCUGAUCGCCCAUUCCCGCAUAAUAAUAGCAAAGGCGAUGCGGCGCAAACUUUCCGGGAUCAUGUAACAGCGGGUUGUUUAUCAUGGUUUUUUAUUCUCAUGCUUAUCAGCAUGGCCGUUUGGCUUGUUAGAGGGUGGCUUCUUCAAACAUUUUCUUAA